AUGAAAGGCACAGCAAUUAGCAAUUCUGAUCAGAUUAGAGUUGUACAUAAUAGUUUUAGCAAUUAUCAAUUGUUUGAAUUUGACGAUAAGACCCCAAAGUCAAGUGAAGACGUAUACCAUUUUGUUGGCUACCUUCCUAUUAACGGUACUUUGUACGAACUGGAUGGCCUAAAGCCCGGCCCUGUUGAUCAUGGGAAGCUGCCUGAAAAUUCCUCUUGGAUAGAUUCCGUCCGUCCAUUGUUAAUGAAGCGUAUGGAAAAAUGUGUAGAUGGAAAAUUUAAUAUAAUGGCAGUAGUCCCUAAUCGACUUGCUAUGUACGAGAAACAGUUGGCACAAUUUAAAAUGGACUCAAGUGAUUCAGCAACUGCCUACAUAAAAGAACUAACAAAUAAUAUCGCGAGUGAAAAGAAGAAAAUUGCAGCAUAUCGCGCAGAAAACAUUCGUCGUCGACAUAACUACUUGCCACUUAUAAUAGAGCUUCUCAAAGUGCUCGGUGAAAAUGGUCAAUUGACUACUCUAGUUGAAAAAGCUCAGAAGAUUGCGCAAGAAAGAAGUUCUCUGCACCCAUCAAAUGCUGCAAAAAAAGUGAAAUUUGUCUAG